GGCCGACGACAGGAACCAGGAAAACGAAACCGAAAUAAAACGACGCGACAGCACGAGGGGGGACCGAUCAUAAAUUGCGCGAGCCCACGGCGAGCUCGAUCACCUUGAUUGCUGUCGGAAACAGGCGAAGCGUGGCGGAAGGGAAAAAGGCUGGCGGCAAUAAACGGAGUCCUCCCCCGCCCUGUCCUUCGUACAACACAACGCAUUGUACUACAGCCUGCCUCCGCACGCGCAACGCUGAUGGUAACGCGCGCACGCCGGAUGCGAGCUCCAUGUCGUGCCGCAUGAGUUGGCGUGCGGAGCGGUGCGCCGCUGCCGCUUGGCAGUGGAAGCAAGCGAGCGCGGUGUCAGGUGUACGACGCGCAUGAAAGGCUGGACUACGGUCCGUAGUGCGUCGUCGGUGCAAUGAACUUGCGCCGGCGACGGGCAGGGCGGCGGAGGAGGGACAUUCCUCGCCACAAAGCGGCGUGCAGCGCGGCGGCAACAGCCCGCAGCAGCGUUUGACGGCAGCCGGUGCGCCCCGCCAGCGAGACUCAUUUGCGUGAACGGCAACGGCGCGCUCCGCGAGCGAGCGAGCAGCCGCGCGAUCGAUCUGCCGCUGGGCGGUGCCUGCGAAAGGGAGGCGCGGGGUCCCCCCCGACUCCAUCGGAACAGGUGUUGCCAACGUCGACUGCCGCCGGACUUUGAACUCGAGCGUUUGCCGAGCACGGGCGCUUCCGGAGCCGGGGACGACGACGGCCCAGCUGGUCGGCUCCCGAGUCCGGCGUAACCCGGUGCCCCGUGCGAGGCCGAGGCCGGCGGCUCCGGCACACACCGUGGAAUGCGCCUGACACCGCCCGGCAUGCCCGAAGGCAGCGGCGGCGACACAAGGAUGCUGCGCGGAUCCCAGCUGGCGAGGGGGCCAGGCAGCCUGAAAGACUCGGAGCAGGGACCCAGGUCAUGGGUAAAUUUUGACGAGCGAAAACGGCACACACAUACACGUGCUUGUUGACUGGCCGAAAAACGACAGGUCCCUGGGGGACAGCAGCGACUGUGGCAGUGGGGGAAGCCUGCUGAGUGUCGUGGGCAACGGUGGGGACAGCAGCUACGAACGCCGGCACGUGCACGAGGCGCACCUGCGCGAGGCCUUCCAGGCCAUGCACUGCAUGCAACUCAAGGGGCAGCUGUGCGAUGUGCGCCUGGUGGCCGGCAACCAGAGCCUGUUGGCGCACAGGCUCGUGCUGGCCGCCUCCAGCCCCUACUUCCACGCCAUGUUCAACAGUGACAUGUGUGAGAAGGCACAGGCUGAGGUGGUGCUUCAUGACAUCGCCUUCUCCGCCCUGCAGCAGCUCGUCGAAUUCGCCUACACUGGCGAAAUUGUCAUCACUGAGAGCAAUGUCCAGAGCCUGCUGCCCGCGGCCAGCUUGCUGCAGGUGGGCAGCGUGCGCGAGGCCUGCUGUGCCUUCCUGCUGGGACAGCUUCACCCGUCCAACUGCCUGGGCAUCCGCAGCUUUGCCGACACGCAUGCCUGCCGCGACCUGCUGGGCAAGAGCCACCGAUACGCCCUGCACCACUUCCGAGAGGUGGCGCACACCGACGAGUUCCUCAUGCUGCCUUUCUCGCAGGUGGAAGACCUGAUCUCCAGCGAUGAGCUCAAUGUCUCCUCGGAAGAGUUGGUCUACGAGGCCACUGUGGCCUGGAUCAAGCACGAUCUGCCCGAGAGGGAAAAGUACGUUGGCAAGCUGCUACAGCACUGUCGGCUGCCGUUGAUGCGUCGGGAGUUCCUGCUGUCCAAGGUGGGCGAGGAGCCGCUGGUGCGCUCGAGCGAGGAGAGCAAAGACCUGCUCAUCGAGGCCAUGCGCUACCACCUGAUGCCUGAGCGGCGCGCUGCCAUGGCUGGGCCACGCACCUCGCACCGCCGGCCCGAAGGCCUCCGCUCCUACCUCUUUGCCGUCGGUGGAGGCUCACUGUUUGCCAUCCACAGUGAGUGCGAGUACUACAACCCACGCACGGACCGCUGGAGCUCUUUCGCACCCACCAUCCACCGGAGGUCUCGAGCCGGCAUCACCGCACUGAACCGGAUGCUGUACGCCAUUGGCGGCUUUGACGGCACGCGAGACCUGUCAUCAGUGGAGUGCUACGACCCCGUGCGUAACACGUGGUCGCUGCUCCCAGGAUUGGGCAGCCGGCGCAGCUGCCUGGGAGUGGGAGCCCUGCGUGGCCUCAUCUAUGUGGCCGGUGGCUACGACGGGACGUCCUGCCUGAGCAGUGUGGAACAGUUUGACCCCCUCGUUGGUGCUUGGACCUCCGUGGCUGCUAUGGAGUAUCGUCGCCGAUACUGCCGCCUAGCCGUCCUCGAGGACUGCCUGUACGCCGUGGGGGGUCACGAUGGGGCCAACUACCAGUCGUCGGUGGAGCGGCUGGACCCGCGGGAGGGCCGCUGGCGGCUGCUGCCGUCGAUGCACAGCCGGCGCAACAGCUGCGGUGUGGCCGUCCUGGACCGGUCCCUCUACGCUGUCGGCGGAAAUGACGGCAGCCUCUGCCUCAGCAGCGCCGAGCGCUUCGACCUGGCCGCCAACAUGUGGGACCACGUCGGCUCCAUGCACUCCCGCAGGACGACACACGAAGUGGUCCAAGCCGACGGCUUCCUCUACGCCGUCGGCGGCAACGACGGCAGCUCAAGCCUCAACACUGUUGAGCGCUACGACCCACGGCAUAACAAGUGGAUGCUCGUCACUGCCAUGAUGCUUCGGCGAAGCAGCGUCGGCGCUGCUGUGCUAGAAUGCCCCAUACUAGAGCGCGCAAACUCUACGUCAUUUGCUUCGGUCAUUGGCGCCUCUUCUGAGCCCUGAGGUGCAUGCUUCCAGGCUUCCUCAUGAUUUGCUGAAGCCUUUUGGCUUUUUUUUUUUCUGUAUGGGGGCCACACAGCGUCAAGACUGUUGUUCUUUGGCAGUGCUCUGUUUGCCGAGGAUGAGUCGUUUUUUUGCAUUUCGCACGCCACUUCGCCAACCUGAGCCACGGUGGUUCGCCAGUCAGAUCGCCUUAAUUCCGCGUUCCUCGGCAGAGCACAGAGUUUCUCGGUUUGGAUGCUUCAAACAUUCACGUCACUUCCAUAGCUUGGCAGCGUCAUGCAUGAUCAUCCUGAACGUUGGCUCACAGGUGUGACCUUAGAGAAUCCCCAUUUCCUCGCCACCUUCAUACUCGAGUGAACGCCAGUUCACCCAAGAGUAAUUAUUUCCGUGUGCAUGUGUUAGAGCUGUUCUCUGAUGAAUGGCUGCACUGUUAGGUGUUCUAGCAUGACCAAGGUGUGAAAUCCUUAGCUGUAAUAGUUCUCAAACGCUGGCUCCUCGCUGGUUGGGAAGUAGUAAGGGCGUUGUCGUGCACAUUCCAUGAUCAUAUGUUGCGUCACCCACCUAGUUGUCACAUGGACAUGUCUCACAUGUGUGAUGCUAGGAGUGCAUGCUAGUGUAUCUUUUGUAGGAAGAUGUGUGCUUUGGAUCAUCUCCAUUCAUCUUCUGUUGAAACACUUGCAGUGUAAAGAGUAAACAAAUAAGUGGUGCCAGUUGCUGACUGCCUGGCCUUUGUCUUUGCUUGUGAAGGAUGAGAACGUGGAAAGAGUGUCCUCUCACUUAGUGCUCGAUAUGGUACAAGCACUUGUGAGUGCCUGACAGUGCACCACGUACGAUACCGGUGAGUCGUUGAAUAAUAUUACUAGUUUCCUUGAUGGGAGUAGCUUCCCAACCGGAUAUUUUGAUCGAUGAGACGUACAUUCUUUUUCUUACCUUAACUUAUACUAGCAGUUGGGAGAAAAGCGAUUUUUCUCUUAAUUAAAUUUUGUUUUGCGCCCUUCCUGUCUUAAUUAUUGUUUCCUAAGUAGUGAUGUAAAUACUUACUUGUUAAAAGCUGGAAGACCUGUUAACUUAUUUAAUAUUCUGUUCUACAUUUUUCCUAUUCAAGUUUACUGUUUGAAAGCUUAUUGUUCCUGUGUUUAAUUCGAAGGUUUGUACGUUUAGUGUUUGUAAUCUCCGAAGGGAAGUUAAAGCUUGAUUACGAUUAUGUUCGACUAGGCAUGUUAUUUUCUGGAAUAUGAUGGACAAAUUGUUGGCAUUUGGAAGUGUUUGAAUGUCGAGUGAAACACCACGACAAUGCUUUCAAGGUUACUGUGUUACUGCAUUGAACGAAACAUGCAGGCAUUCACAAGCAUUUAAAAUGAUGGUUGUAUUGUUGUAUGCUCAUCACAUUAUGUACACACAAGCAUUUACAUUUGGCAGAAUGUUCCUUCUUUUUGCAAGUCAAAGAUAUGAUGGCAUGAUGAGUUGGCUAAUGCUUAGUCAGCUAAAACACUCUGGAAAGUGCAUCUGAUGCACAGGAAUGUUCCUUAGGUGACACUGAGCUUGGUUCAUUCGGGCUGCAAAUGACACCGUCUCGCUUAGCCACUAAAAAGAUAUGAAAGCUCUGUCUGGCUUUUCCAUAGACUUUAUGGUGUCAAUAGCCUUGUGUGCUAAACACGAAUGCCGAGAGUAUUCCCACAACUCUAAGCUCAUAAAAUAGGAGUGGCAUUGGACUACGGCCUUUCACAAGCAUAUUGCAAAAAAAAUAAUAAAGUCUAGUUAGUUACACUCUGUUCGAAGCAGAUUUCAGCAAAUAAAUUGCUAAACAGUAACAGCACUUAAAGCAAAAGCUUAAACUGCCAUGAUGAUAAUGCGUGACAUUCUUAUUUGUUCUUGCCCUAAUGUACUGUUAAAUUCAUCAUUACUGUAUAUAAUGAAGGCAUUUGUUGGACAAUUGCUUGAAAACACUUGGAUGUGUUGUGUGAAAAUCUAUAGCAAAUUUAUAGAGCCUGAAUAUUAGGCUGUUAGCGUGGCACUGUUAGGCAUGCAUUUGUGCAUUCUCAAGUUUUUUGCUUCACUGUUCACUUACCUGGUUCACUAUAGAACUGUGAAUAUUGUCUAGCGUUGGAGUGAACAUUUUUCAUUGGCACUGUUUCGUACACGUUAGGCUUAGGGCACAGCCAUGCUGCAUUGUUUCGCAUAUCUUCUGUAUAUCUACAAGCAGAAGAGAGAAAAAAUUGUGAACUAGGCUGUCUGAACGAUCCACCAUAAGACUGUGGCUGACUUGUGCUGCAAUCAUGUGCAAGUCUCGUCUGGAGCACUAUAUUAUCAGUCAAUCACUUUUGGCGACAUGAUUACUUUUGAAAAAAUUCCGUGUGACUCGCACUGCGUGCCGAGUCGGUGUCUGGUGCCGAGUCGGUGUCCGAUGCGAGAUAACCAGUUUGGCACAGUGCCAGUCAGCCAUAUAUGCUGAUGCGUCCGGUGCAAAGUUACACAAAAUCUUGCGAAAGUGGCUUCAAGAGUGAUCACCCAAGAAUAAGGCCUUUACUUUUUGUCACCUGGCCAGCAAUGUGCAGGUUAUGUUUAUUUUUUGUUAUUGUUAUAAUUAUCAACACAUUGUGCUUCGGGAAACUUUUGCAAUGUUUGCUGUCACAUUCCACACUGAUUUCAUUUCUUUGUCCUUCACUCCAGAGUGAGGUGCCGUCCCUGCACGCUCCUUGCUAACCUGUAUACAACUUGUUUUGAGGUUACGUUGCCGUAUUGCGUUUGCUUAGUAACUAGCGUUUGGAUUUGUUUUUGUUUUUUUUGUGAAGAAAAAAAAAUAGUAUCCGCGCGCUUUUUCUACCCAUUGUUCUUGGUUUUUCAUUGCAUCAAUCGUGUAGUCAAUCGCCAUCUACCAUCAUCUUUGCAGUCUUCAAUGUUAGUAGGCGUGAGCAGGCAUGUGCACUGUGUCUAUCAAGCCUCCUGCAGUAGUUUGUUAGCUUAUCAUUUACGAAAUAGCAAGCCUGACGUGGCUUAGUAAUCUUCAAGCUUUAGAAGCAUUGAUAAGCCAGCACAUGCUGCACGAGAUCCAAUUGUUUUCAGCUACCAUUGAUGGUAACGUAUCGUGCUAGCUUAAGAAUGGUGUUGCAGGAGAGAAAUGAGAAUGGAAUAAAAGAAAAGCUGAGAGAAACUGCAGGGCCUUUGAGCCCAGACCCACAUAAAAGACGAACUCAAGCCCACGUUUGCACUCUCGCGAAAAAUAUAUAGACGUCACUGUCCGUUUUACUACCACUACCAUCCCUUCAAGAACUGUAGCUCAUUGUCACCCUUUAUUCUUUUGUAAACUUGAUGGUUAUUUUAUCCUGCUUUCCUGACGUUACCGAGCGACAAAAGCAAAGAGCACAUUCUUUAGUAGUAUUGCUGUAGCCGGAGCAAGCUAUCAAAACUGGCAUGACGAGAGUAUCUAAACACAGUAUUAUGCAAGUAUGAGAGGUUUAACGACGACGCGUGCCGAAUUCCUAGGUGAAUGUGCUUGAUCAUCUUUUGUGAUAACACUGUUCUGUUUGCUUAGGCUGUGCUCAGUGCAUCGAUGUAGACCAUCCCCCCACUUCUGCAUUAUGGCAGGCACAAAUUUAAGCAGGUGGUCAAGGGAUGUGCGAUCGCAUUUUGACCGCACACUCUUGCCUGCAGUUGGGACAUAGUGCUGCUGGUCUCAGUCAAUUCAGACAGCGGUUUCACUACCAGUCAGCUCGCCGUGUAAUAAGUCAGUUUGCCCCCACUCUCUCAGUCGACGGUCGUCCUUAUCUAGACGGGAGUAAUUUGUCAAGAGUUGAGGAGGACUAGCUCCCACAUGAACGUGGCUGCAUCACUCUAUGUGCGGCCACAUAGUUUGGCAUAACCAGAAAUUCCAAGUUGGAUCUUUUCGAAAUCGUAAAUUGGCAUUUCUCACAUCCCGUCACUUCAGCAAUGAACGGAGCUGUAUUGACUGCAAUGAGCACAGCUUAGACCAGUGGCCACUGUCGUGGCAGUUUCUUUUUCUUUUUUUCUUUCUCCCUUGUAGUGUGUGCCCGCAGUGAUUUGUGUGACCUCCAUGUUUAUGAUCAGUAGACUCACCACUGCUCCUGCUGUGCCCAAGGAGAGACGACGACGACCCAAUACCAAAUCUGCGAGCAGUGAAGGUGUAGUCCCAGGAGCAUACACGUCUUCUUGUGAAGCUUUUGUCUGCGUGACUGUGUGGCACGACCAUUUUUGCUCGCACUGUGGAACGGGCCGGUGUCCCGAACGUCGAUUGUUGCAAGAAAAGAGUUUGUGGACGAAAGUUUUUGAGUGUGCAUCUAGUUUGGUGUGUGUGCAGAGUGUUAAAAAGUGUAAUCGUGAGGCAGUGGUUGAGUUGCUGGUUCCGGCCUCAGAGAGAGAGAGAGAGAGAUGGGUGCAGACUUUUGUGAUUGGUGGCCUGCUUUUGCUUUUCACAUUCAGUACUGCACGGAGUGCCGUGGAAGUCUACAUUUAUGAGUCUCUUCAGGAAGUCACGCCUCGACCAGUGCUGCCGCUUUUGCGAAGGUUCUGCUAAAACAUUUGAAAGCCAUCCUAAAUCGCUGAAUGUGGUUUUUGAAUCUGUUAAAAAAUUGGCUGUGGGAGAUUUUGGCAAGAAAUGAACUUUCCUAAUUAGACAUUAAGUAGCGCAAGUGUCAAAUUGCGAUACAAACUGCAAAUAAUAGAAGGUAACAUGAGUACUUAGAUUCGUGCAGGGCCACAUUUGCUAAUGUUGAGGGCACAGUACUUAUUGCAUAUGCUUAAAAAAAAGUUUGUUUCAAACAUUGAGCAGCAUCAGUUCUGUGUACAGACAUUUUACUGAAAUGUCUGCGUUCUUAUAGUCAUGGGUGCGACGAAACAUCAUCAGGCGAGGAGAACACACUGUCAGAAAAAACGAAGACUCGCCAAAUAAUGUUUUUUUUUU